AUGGAAGCGCGUAGCGGCGAGGCCGCCGUGCCCGUGAUUAUCCUGCGCUCCGAGUCGCCCUUGCCAAAGUUCUGCGUCCCAUUCCCGAUCCCCCCGCCCUCGUCGGAUAUCGCGCUGCUGCGCUUGUCAGUGCUGCGCAUCCUCAGCGGCCAGAACAUGGCCGAAGCGACUCGCCCGUUGACCUACAGCGAGCAGCUGAAGCAGGUAACGAUCCAGAGCUGGCGCCUCAAGAUGCUUGAACUGAUCCAGGUGCAAGGCGGAAGCGCCGCGCCGGUCGAUGACGAGAUCACGUUCGGCCUCCCCCUCGAAGACGAACACAAGUGCUCCGCGCUCGAGCACGGCGACGAGAUCGUCGUGCGCCUCCGCAACGGCUACACGAUUCAGGAGCUCUCGCUCCCUCCCCUUCCCGCUAAUUAUGACUACGCCGCCGCGGUCGGAUCGGAUGCAUCGGUCUUUAAGGAGCCGGAAAUCAAGAUUUCCAAGCCGACCGAGCCUUCGUCGCACUCGUCGUCGGUACAGGCGAACCCCACGGCCAACUUCCACGCACACUCGUACCCCGACUACCGCAACGGGUACCGCGUCGUGGUCGCCAACGGCGUAAACAACGGCGUCGGCUAUCGCGGCAGCACCGCGCCGGCCGUCCAGCUCGACGCAGAGCGCGCGAUGCAGCAGCACCAGCUCGCAUCGCUCAUGAGCAUGGCGCGUGCGAACAGCACGGCCGGCGCAGAGGCGCGUGCGAAGCUCGCAUCGAUGGGCAUCGUGCCCCCGAAGCCGGCCAAGAGCCAGCCAAAGCGGACACAGGACGUGCGCCGCUCGGCCGUCCUGCCAGAGACCGCGCUGGUCAUCGGGCCGGGUCUGCAGGGACCGGCCGGCGAGCGGGGGCAACGGGGCGCGCCUGCCCCGGCGCCGUUUCCCGUCCCGGAAGCGCCCAAGCGCGUCGAGAAGAAGAAACGCUCGCAGAUGCCCGAGGUGCCGGUCGCUCCGGCGCCCAUCUUUAACAAGCGCACGCAGAAGCCGCCGCCGAUCACCACGUCACCGACACUCUCUACGCCUUCGUCCACGUCGCCGCUCGUGCGCUCGCCGUUGGGGGGCGAACUGCGCAACUUUUCGGGAAGCACCACCGAGCGCAAGAAGAAAAAGGCGGGGCGCCGCUCGCAGCUGCAGACGCUGCUGACCGCCGCGAACGGCUCCUCGAGCUCAGCCACCGCCCAGCUCUUUCGCCCGCUGUAUGAAUCGGGCGCGAUCGCCUCGCCGGGCGUCCAGCAGCAGCUCAUCACCCACACGGGCGAGCGCCGUACGCCGGCGUCUGCGCCCAAGAAUGUGUCGGAUGCCGCGCCGCAAGAGGCCAAGGGCCAGUCGCAGUCGACGCGCAGCGUCUCGGCGUCGGACGCGAUGCGCCGCCUCUUUACCCAGGGCCUGGCCGAUGUCACGGACGAGGGCGAGGCCAAGCCGCAGGGACAGCAGCCGCGGCAGCCGUCGCAGGGCCUGCGCCUCUUUUCGCGCGGCCGCCGCGCGCCGAGCAAGGCCGAGGCGACGCCGGUCCAGGACGAGGCGCCGGUCGCGGACGACGCCGUGCACGCCACGCACCCUGCGCCGCCCGUGCCCGAGUCGUACCCGUCGGUGGUGUCGGUGCACGACGGGAAUCGCAUGACCGAGGCGCCCGCGCCCCGCUACAGCGCCCCGCGCCCGGUCGGCCCGCCGCGUUUCUCGUACCAGGCGCCACAGCAGCUCGCGCCGACGACGCAGCAGGCGCCCGUUGCCCCGCCGACCACCGUGCCGAUGGGCGAGCGCACCGUGCCGAUGGGCGAGCGCCCCGUGCCGAUGGGCGAGCGCCCCGUGCCGAUGGGCGAGCGCCCCGUGCCGAUGGGCGAGCGCCCCGUGCGCUCCGCAUUCCAGGAGCACGUUGCGCAGCGCACCGAGCUGCCUGCUCCCCCGAUGCCGUCGGUGCCGCCGCCUGCCGCGCCGGCGCUCUCGCUCACGUCGAGCGUGUCGCACGACGAGCCCAUGCCGCAAAGUACGCGCGAUGCGCUGCCUGCGUACUCGCGUGAGGGCGCCGAGCCGUACGCGCACUCCAUGUCUCUGCUGCGCCUCGCGCCCCGUGCGACGCUCGGCGGCGAGGUCCAGGAGAAGGCCGUGGCGCCGCCAACCGUCGUCGCGUACGAGGCGGAGGCGUCGCAGGCGCCGCCGGUGGUUGUCGCGUCCGAAGCCGACACGUCGCAGGCGCCGACGACGGUUGUCAAGAGCGAGCUCAAGGAGCCUUCAAGCGCCAUGCCUACAAGCGCCGUGCACUUUGCCGCGCCGCCGCGCGCCGAGCCGCCGACGGCCGUCUACUCGCAGCACUCGUCGGCCGCCGUGUCGACGGAUGCGCUCGUGCAAGAGUUUGAGGACGCCCUCGAGUCGCAGCCGGACAUGCCGGAAGAGCAGCGUGCGUCGCUCGAGGCCAAGAUCGAGCGUCUGCAGCUCGAGAAGGACCUGCCUAAUGAGCCCAACAGCGACCUCGCUGAGCGCCUGCGCAAGGUCGCCGAGGCGCCGAUCGAUCUCGGGCGCUCCGAGUCCAAGAGGGAGAGCGGCCUGGCCGAGCGCCUGAAAGGGGUCGCCGAAACCCCGAUCGAUCUCAAGCCGGAGCACAAGAAGGAGGAGCACCUCGGCGAGAAGGUCAAAGAGGUCGCCGAGACCCCGAUCGACCUCGCGCCGGAGCACCACCGCCAGAGCGCGGCGGGCGAGAAGCUCAGAGAAGCCGCCGAGGCCCCUGUGGAUCUGCGUGGCGUGCCUACCGAGGCAAGCGCCGCGCGCCGUGCGGGGCCUGUGCCUCACGAGGCAAGCGCCGUGCCCCUUGCGGGCACCGAGGCCGAGAGCGCUGCGCCUGCCGGGGCCGCCGCCGCGUCGCUCUCCUACAUUACCCCCCCGGGCGGCCUCGCGCCGGUCGCGCACGAUUCGAGCGCCGAGCGUGCGGCGCAUGUCGAGCACACCGCGUCGGAGCGCGCCACCGAUGACCUGCCGCCGACGCCGGCCGAGCCGACGCUCUCCAAGGCCGACCUGCGCUACCUCGAGGUGCAGAAAGAGCUUGCGGCCGAGCGUGCGCGCCAGGACCGUGCCGAGCGCCAGCGCAUCGAGCGCCUGAGCCAGCACGCGCGCCGCGGCGGCGUGGUGCGCCGCAACGAGUCGGCCCCCCCCUCGGCGGAAGAGGUGGCACAGGCCGAGCACGAGCGGUACCUCGCCGAGCAGCGUGUGGCCGAGGAGCAGGCGAUCGAGCGUGCGGCCCAAGACGCGGCGCACGCACGCGAGCAGGCGAUCCUCGAAGAGCAUGCCGCCGAGCUGCGGCGUGCGGCCGAGGCGGCUGCGUACGAAGAGCGUUUCCAGGAUGCACAGCGUGCGGCUGAAGAGGACCUCGCCGCGCAACGCUUUGCAGAGCAGCGUGCGCGACUUGCGGCGGAGCAGGCGCGCCUUGCUGCGGAGCAGAAAGCGCUGGAUGAGCAAUGGGCGCUGCACCAGCGCCAGCUGCAUAGUCAUUAG